AUGUUCUCGCGUGAGAAUACGAGAUAUCAACACUGACAUUAUCGCGGUAAAAUGUUUUGCUGGUAUGAUUAAAGUUUUGUGCUAAGUAGGGAAGAUAACCUUUUACCAUUGAGCAAAAAGACCGGAAAUUGUAGGAAAUCGUGUCUGGAAAUAUAUGCAUUAUGCCUGGAUAUCUCAAAUACAUCGAGGUUGAAAAUUUCAAAUCUUACCGAGGACGCCAAACCAUCGGCCCUUUUAAGCGUUUCACAGCAAUCAUCGGACCAAAUGGAUCUGGCAAAUCCAAUUUGAUGGACGCAAUCAGUUUUGUAUUGGGAGAGAAGACCUCAAAUCUUCGUUCAAAGAGACUGCCGGAUCUUAUUCAUGGAGCCCCAGUCGGCAAACCAGCUGCAAAUUCUGCAUCAGUGACUGCUGUAUAUGCUGAAACAGACAGUGAUCAUGAAGUCCACUUCACUCGAUCUAUCAUUGGCAAUGCUUCAGAACACCGAGUUAAUGGAAAGGUGGUAUCCAUCAGCCAGUAUGCUGCAGAGCUUGAGAAGAUUGGAGUCUUAGUCAAGUCCAAAAACUUCCUUGUCUUCCAGGGUACUGUUGAGAGCAUUGCUAUGAAAAAUGCAAAGGAAAGAACAGCCAUGUUUGAGGAAAUUAGCAGGUCAGGGGAACUUAAGGAAGAGUAUGAAGGGGCACGAACUGAAAUGUUAAAGGCUGAGGAGGACACUCAGUUUAAUUACCAUAAGAAGAAAGGUAUUGCUGCGCAGAAAAAAGAGGCAAAGCUGGAAAAAGAAGAAGCAGAAAAAUACCAGCGGUUAAAUAUAGAGCUGGCUGAGAGUCAGCUGCAUUUACAACUGUUUAAACUGUACCACAAUGAACGUGAGAUUGAUGAAAUCGUAGAGGAGCUAAACAAGAAAAAUAACCUGCUUGAUAAGGAGACUAAAAAGCGAGACCGCAUUGAAGAAGAGAUCAAAGAAAAGAAACGAGAGCAGGGAAAGAUCAGCCGCGAGUACACAAAGAUUGACCAGCAGAUAAAAGAGUCGGAAGUGGAACUAAACAAAAAGAGACCUCUGUACAUUAAAGCUAAAGAGAAGACAACCCACAUGCAAAGAAAGGUGGAAAAUUCAAGGCGAUCUUUAAAGCAAGGAAGAAAGAAGCAUGAAAACCACGAGCAGAUUAUCAAAGAGAUGGAGAGAGAGCUGGAAGAAGUGGAGCAUCUACGACAGGAAUUUGAGGAGCGCAUGGAGGAAGAAUCACAAUCACAGGGCCGAUCUCUACAGCUGGAGGAGAGUCAGGUACAACAGUACAACAGACUGAAGGAAGAGGCAGGCCGUCGUGCAGCUAAAUACUUGCAGGAACUAGAGUCUAUCAACCGGGAACAAAAAUCUGAUCAAGAUCGAUAUGACAAUGAAGUUAGGAAAAAGAACGAGCUGAUGGCCAAGAUCAAACAGAAGGAGCAUGAGAUGGAAGAAAAUAAAAAGCGUGUGGAAAAGCUACAGGAGUACAUCAAGUCCAGUACAUUGGCCCUGCAGGAACAAAAGGAAGGUGAAAAGGAAUUGGGUAGCGAGGUUGGGGCUGCGAGUGGUCGGCUAGAAGAGAUUGAUGCCGAGUUGACCAGUAUUCAGGAACAGCUGGGAGAGGCCAAGGUUGAUAAACAUGAGUCUGCUCGUGCUAUGAAGAAAGCAGAACUUUUGGAAAAUCUCAAACGUCUUUUCCCAGGAGUGCAUGGCAGACUUAUUGACUUGUGCGAGCCCAGCCACAAGCGGUAUCAGGUGGCCAUUACCAAGGUACUGGGUAAAUACAUGGAUGCCAUUGUGUGUGACUCAGAAAAAACUGCUAAGGAUUGCAUCCAAUACAUGAAGGAGCAGCGCAUAGAGCCUGAGACCUUUUUGCCCCUUGAUUACCUUGAUGUUCGAAGUGUAAAUGAAAAGCUCAGAGAUAUUCGUGAGCCCAAAAAUGUGAAGCUGGUUAUCGAUGUCAUCCGAUAUGAUCCCCCAGUCAUCAAAAAGGCACUUCUGUUUGCCUGCGGCAAUGCCCUGGUUUGUGAAACUGUGGAAGAUGCUCGAAGAGUAGCAUUUGGUGGACCAGAGAGGCACAAGUCAGUAGCUUUGGAUGGCACUCUUUUCCAAAAGUCUGGUGUAAUUUCAGGUGGUGCCAGUGAUCUGAGAGCUAAGGCUAGACGGUGGGAUGAAAAAAUGUUAAACCAGUUGAAGGCCCGGAAAGAAAAACUAAUGGAGGAGCGUAAGGAGGUGAUAAAGAAGCAGCGCAAGGAGAGUGAAUUGAAUACAGUGCGAUCUCAGAUCAAAGGAUUGGAGACUCGUCUCAAAUACUCGCAGAAUGACCUGGAAACAACUAAGAAACAUCUUAAUCAAAACCAGAAAGACCUGAACAUGUACAUGGAAAUGCUGCAGGCCUUUGAUCCCCGCAUGGAGGAGCUUGACCAAAAGAUGUCUCAGCGAGGUGAUGAGCUGCGUCAUUUGAAAGACAAGAUGAAUCGUGUGGAGGAUGAAGUGUUUGCUGAAUUCUGCAUGAUGAUCGGUGUCCCAAAUAUCAGGCAUUAUGAGGAGCGUGAGUUGAGAGCACAACAAGAUCGUGCUAAGAAGAGACUUGACUUUGAGAACCAGAAAUUCAAACUUCAGAACCAGAUAGAGUGUGAGCGGUCCAGCGACACAUGGGAGACUGUUCUAAAGUGGGAGAAGACAGUGCAGAACGAUGAAAAAGAACUAGAGCGAGUGAAAGCAGAAGAGAACAGACAUAUGAGUGUGAUUGACUCCGAAAUGCAGACACAAGAGAGGUUGAAACAGCAGCGGCUGACCCUCAAGUCCCAGAUAGAUGAUAUGGAAGUUGAGAUCGGUGAGAUUCGAAAGCGUCUUUCAGCACAACAGAAGGAGAUAGCAGCCAUGCAGAAAGGCAUCACAUCAUGCGAAACCAAACUGGAGCAGAAACGAGCUGACAGGCACAGCCUACUCAAGAGCUGCAAAAUGGAAGGGAUCAAGCUGCCUAUGCGACAAGGCACCAUGGAUGACAUCAGCAGAGAGGUGGAAACCUCCAGUGCUGUAGACGGCUCUCAAGAAACCCCAACUGACAGCACAAGUACUCAGGGAACUCGGGCCAUGUAUGAGCGGGAGGCACAAAUCCUCAUCGACUAUAGUCUGCUCUUAGAUGACUACAAAGAGCUAGAGGAACCACAAGAUGUUAAAAAGUCUCAGGAACAGCUGUCAAAGGUGGUUUCCGACAAACAGGCACAACUCCAGCGCAUACAGGCUCCUAAUCUGCGUGCAAUGGAAAAGCUAGAUGGAGUGAAAGAGCGGUUUCAAGAAACAUCAGAAGAAUUUGAAAAUGCCCGGCGAAGAGCAAAGAAGGCAAAACAAGUGUUUGAGAAAAUCCGAAAGGAACGCUAUGAUCGCUUCAUGCACUGCUUUGAUCAUGUUGCAACUCGUAUUGAUGACAUUUACAAAUCUCUUGCCAGAAACCAGAGUGCACAGGCUUUCCUGGGCCCAGAGAACCCAGAAGAACCGUACCUGGAUGGUGUCAACUACAACUGUGUGGCUCCAGGCAAGCGAUUCCGACCAAUGGAUAACUUGUCUGGUGGAGAGAAAACUGUGGCAGCCCUGGCCUUGCUCUUUGCGAUUCACAGCUACCAGCCAGCUCCUUUCUUUGUUUUGGAUGAGAUUGAUGCUGCAUUAGAUAACACCAACAUCGGAAAGGUUGCAGCUUAUAUCAGAGAGCAAGCCGAGAGUCAGUUUCAAUGCAUUGUGAUCUCUCUCAAAGAAGAGUUCUACAACAGAGCUGAUGCACUUAUUGGCAUUUAUCCAGAGCAAGGAGACUGUGUAAUCAGCCAGAGUCUGACAUUGGAUCUCACAGAAUAUCCUGACCCACAUGCAGAUGAAGACAGAGAUGAGCACAGCUAUAUGCGAUAGACUUUAUCACCGAUACCACCAUCACCCUACCCCACCCCAAUUUUUUAAUUUUUUUUUUUUGCGGAAUGCACUUGGAGAAUGUAUUGUUCAGAGGCUCUUCAUAGUUCAGAGAGUGCUGUCAGUCAUUUUUCUGUAGGUGCAUGCAUUGUAAGCAUGUGACUGCCAUGUUUUGCAUUUUGAAUUUCAGAAGAUAUAAAUUGUGAUUAUUAAUGUAAAAGUGAAAUCUGCCCAGUUCAUUUUGUACAUUUUUAAGGGUAUAUUUCAUUUUUUUAAAAUCAUUUUAGUACUUUCAUGUUGUUUUACCCUUUUCCCCUUGGUUUGGAGGGAUUAUCUUUAUUUUUUUUAAAUGGUGGCUGACCAAAGUAACAAAUAUGAGUCCUUGUUUUCCUCAGAAACAGUAUGUGGUUGCUAUACAUUUGCGUUAGAUCAGAAUUGAAAAAUUCAACGGUCAUUGAAUCCAUCAUAUUUUUGUGAAGAUUUGGCUUAUUUUAGAACAUAUUGAAAGUAUCAGUUAUUUUUGUCUGAAUUACCCCAAAGAACAAGUUGUUUUUAAAUUUUGGCAAGAAAGAGAGAGAGAGUGUGUGUGUAUGUGCAUAUGCGAGUGUUAAACACAUACGUAUAUAAGAAUAUUUUAACAAGGAAAGGCAGCUUUUAAUAUCGUUCAAUCUGCCACUUGCAUGUAAUACAAUAUGACUAUGAUGUCUUGAAAUUGAUGCUGUCUUAGACCUUGCAUAGUACCCAUGUAAACAAUGCUGUUGUUUGCUGAUCUAGUUAUUCAUGAGGUAAUCAUUAAAUAUAUGUGUGAAUGUUUCAUGUUAAAUAUCACAAUUUCUGUUGUUAUUGCUGUCAUUAUGCCACUGUUAGGGUUGUCUGUCAUUGAUGUCGCAUCACCUAUGUUCAUGUCAUGUUGAUAGUCACCUCCCUCACAGAUUUUCUAUUGGAUUGCGGACUGUGAUCCAGAAAGGUCCAAGGUUGGCUUCAUGUAAGAAGUAUAUCCUCCUUUCUUUUCUUUGUGUGUGGUUUGUUUGCUUUGUUUUUGCCAUUUCCAUUGCUGUUGCAGCUACAGUUUCCUGUGUGGAUUGAAUUCUACUUGUGAAUGCACACAUUGAUUCUUUUGCAAUAAAAGUUUUUCUUUUGUAUUUACCUUCAAAAUUUUUUAUAUAUAACAAGCAAAGUAUCUUUCAAAACCUACCUUUUACCAAUUGCCUAGUAAAAUUAUAAACAUAUGUGACCUCACUUGUGUCUGUGUGUAAUCAUGUGUGACGUAAUCACCUUUUGUACUCAUGUGCUGUUUGAUCAUGGGCAGCAGAACAGUGUCUCUUUGUAGUUUAUACAAAAGUCUUGGCAGUUUGCCCCCUUUUCAUCCUCUUCUAGGGAAUUGUUUAAUGCAAAUUUUAAAAAGUGUAUUCUGUAGUCUCCCUUUGUUUUACCACAUCCUCUGCUGCAAUCUCCACAACAAAUGUCCUCUUCGGAUGAAAAGAAAUAGUUGUUAAACACUGCCCUUUGUUUUAAUCUCAUUGUAAGUAAAUGGCAGUUGUUUGCAGACAGGCACCUAUACUUGUCUUCCUGCAUACCUUUUACUUUAAAAACAAACCCAGGCUAUAGUGUGUCCACCAUGUCCGUACCUGAUUAUAUUUCCUCCUGGUUGCAUCAUGUUGGUAUCACCUGCAAGACAGUUUGAAAGGGGGCUUCAUUGUGGAGCAUUUAAUAUUUUUAAGUUGGGUGCAUAAACGUGUUUUAUUUUGUAAACAUGCAAUAAUGUUUUGUUUCAUUUUCCCUGUCUCAUCUUUGUGAAGAAAUGAUUCCCCAUUAAGAUGUAUUAACUUCAUCACAUGUUCUUGGAUAGAAACUAACACAAAAAUUAAUAGACUUGUUUUUAAAAGGUGACAACAAUUUUUCCUACAUACUCUUUUCUAAGAACUAGGUUUUACUCUUGCAAUAAUUCAUGAAAGUAAGGCUGUCAUGUCUGAUACAAAUUGCUUUCUGUUUACAUAUGGUUGUUUUAUACUUUUUUUUUUUUUUCAUUGUUCAUAUCUGCACCUGGUCAGCGAGUUUAUUGUGAGCAUGGUUUUGUGAGAUAUCUAUCACAAUAAAUAACUGUUAAUGUUU